AGUCCAUUCAAUUCUUCACUCCACAAGAUGAGAAACUUGCUUAAAGGGUUAACGUUAGCGGCAUUCGUUGCUUGGGUUUUCGCGAACCCUAAGAAAUACGUUUCCGGUGAUAGUGACAGUGGUGAUGCCAGUGGAGGUUUUCAUCCAAAUAAUCAACGGUAUUACGAAUCGAAUCUUCCCGGAGGUUCAAGGCAUUCCAAUAUAUCCGAAUCCAAAGAAAUGAAAGAAAGCAGCGCGAUUAAUCGCUAUCAACGGUUUGGAAAUUUAGGAUUACAACCGCCAUCAGGCUACGGUAAUACUGGAUCGGGAGUGCAGGGAUAUCCACCUGGUGGCGUUGGCUAUAAUAUGGUACCGAUGAAAAUUGAUAUUGGAGGUGUAGCUUUGGGGGCCGCUCUUGGGUUGGGAGCCGUUUUAUUGGCGCCUAAGUUGUUUUCGUUUUUCCAUAUGCUAGCGCCGGGAUAUAGAAGUCUAGACAGCAGCAGCAGCAAUUCGUCGGCCAUCUCGGAUAUACUGGCGAGGAUUGAUAACUCUCUUGAGGAGCACCAUAUCGAUAGCAGUUCGUGCAUGCAAAGAAUCAUCUGCUCGUACGUUAACGAAGCCCAAAAAAAUGUGCAAAAUGGAGAACAAAGCACCGUAGAUGAGCUGCUUUUAAACAUUUCUAAUAAUUCACUUGUAACGUACAUGUUGGAUGGGAGCGCUGUAAAGCAAGCAAUUGAUAUGGGAAAACAGGGAGAUCUUGACAAGUGCGCUUCAUUGUACGUGAAGUGCCCUAUAAGUAGGGAAAACGUGCUGCAAGUCAUAUCGAGCUUACUUCCAUCCUAACUGUUGUGCUAAUUUUUUAGUUGGUACCUAUUCCCAUCAACUGAUUAACUUAUUCAACAGAAGUAAUAGUAA